GUUUACGGGCAUUGGAAGAUAAAGAAGUUGAGAAAAAAGCAAAAGAACUUGCGGAAAAAGAAGCAGCAGAAUUAAGAAAGAAAGAACUUGCUGCUAUUAAUCUGAGAACUAAGCAGCUUAAAAAUGAAGAGGAGAAACUGGAAAAAGAUUGUGCCGAAAAAGAGAAGCUGCUGAAAGCAAACAAACAGUUGGUGGAUCAAACAAAUGAGAAGGUACAUUGAGAUAUCGAAAAUCUAACCUGGAGUACUGUAUGUUAAAAUGUUAGUAUAAAAUGUUAGUUUACAAUUAUUCACCGAAGUGGACUGGUGAAUAGUGCAAGGAUAUUCACCGAAACGUGAAGCGUUGAGUAUUCAAUGAAAUGGAUUUCUGGUCACACCAUUUACAUGUCAAUCUGUAUUUUUUACAUUAUUCUUUAAGAAGUGGCUACCACAUGAUGGUAAUUAAUUCUUUAUUUAUAGCGACCACGAAAAUGUGACAAAAAUCUCAUAGUUUUUGUCACAUUUUCGUAGUCGCUAAAGUAAAAGUUAUUGCAAUUCAUUAUGCGUAGUAAUUCUUUCUAUCUUUACCAUUAGGCGAAAAAUAAAGUUGUACUAAAACUAGAUUUAAAUGAGCAACGGCAAUUGAAAAAUAGAAAUAACGUGAAAGAGACAGAACAAGCGGAUAAAAGAAAACUAGAACAACUAAGAGAAAGAAAACGAAAAGAAGAAGAACAAAGAGAAGCGGAUAAAAUAGAAAGGGAGAAAAAGGAGAAGGAAAGGAAGGGAAAAGAGGCAGCGGAUAAGAGAAAGCAAGAGGAACUAAGAAAGCAAAAUGAACUAAGGAAACAGGAUGAGCUAAGGAAACAGGACGAAUUAAAGAAACAGGACGAAUUAAGGAAGCAAGACGAGUUGAGAAAACAGGAUGAAAUAAGAAGGCAAGAUGAAUUAAGAAAACAAAGACAACAUGAAGAGAGGAAAAAACAAGAGGAAGAAAGACAAAAGCAAGAAUUAGCGAGGAAGGAAGCGGAAGAAAAACGUAUACAAGAGUUGGAGAGACAGAAAAAGGUGGAAGAAAUGAGAUUAGCAGAAUUGAAACGUCUGGAAGAAGAAGAAAACGAGAAAAAGAGGAUGAAAGAAAAGGAACUGAAGGAAAAACAAGAUCAACGAACUAAAGAAAUUUAUGAAAAGAUAAAAAAGGUAUAGUUGAGUCAAAUAUCAAAUACUAAUUAUACUUUGGUACCUUGCAGAACUGUUAGACACAUAAAAGCAAAUAUCUUCUAUCUUUUCAUACAACGAUCGGGUAGUACAUGUACAAUGAAAACAGGUCACCUGUCACUGUAAACCCAACAUCUUAAUCGUGACCCCAACAUCAUGAACGUACAGUAAAGAAAUCCUAUUGGGAACGUAUGCAUGGGCUACAAUCGGCAAAGGUGUUGGCAGAUUUUUAGUGUGUUUUAGAAACGCAACAUCAACAAUCUGAAAAAAUAGGUACGCUGUAGCGUACAUAGCGUCUACUGGAUCAAAAAAGAAUGUCAAUGCCGUUUGGUUUAUAUUGACAUUUCCAACGUUGUAGUGGGGAAGAUUAAAAUAUCUCUGCAAGUUGAAAUCCUCAUAAAAUAACCUUUGACACCUGUCGAAUGGGGGGUCAAAAUAUUACACAUGCUUUCAAAACAUUACACAAACCAAAACAAAUAAACAAUCGUAUAUAUUCACUCACCGCUUGGCCAGACAUUUCGUAUUUCAUAGCGAGAAAAAUUUGAGUACCUUCAAAACUCUUCAGAAUACUGCAAGUCAGUAGGAGUGAAAUACUCCUUGUAUUCAAGCGCUUUCGUGCAGAAAGUUUCGUUUGAAUACGGCGGACUAGAAUAUCGGGUUGUUACUCGCACGCGCGUGCCUAGGCCGAUGCACGUGCAAAUCACGCCACAUGAACGGAUAAUUCGACCUUUAGAAUCGAUUCCGACGUUUCCCGAGUGCUAGAUUGUUUCAAUAUUUCAAGCUGUAUUUUCGCUCGAAGGUCUCGCGUAAAAUUUAGAUAUUCUGAAAUACCGAAAUAAAAGAUGCAAAUCUAUAGAUACAAACUUGAAAAUAACACUCUAAAUAGUGUCUUGGAUUGUGAUUCGAACAAGACUAUUACGAAAAAGAUAGGUUAAGAGCGACCGAAGUUAUAUUCGGCGAAAGGUAUGGCUUAGUGACCCAUCGUCGUACAUAUUUGUUUAUAUUGUUCAAAGUGUAUUGUAUGUCUAGUUUACAUUGUUCGAGUAUGGCUAGUUUAUAUCUUAUGGCUAUUUAACGUUGUUCGAGUGUACAGUAUCUUUCAAGCGGAAUUUUUUGGUAGUAUUUUCGUAUUUCUACGACAAAUACUCGCGGAGUUCUUUAUAUUAAUAACGUUGCAUGAAAUCUCAUGGCCGGACGGCAUUGAGCUGUUAUGAUGAAUCAUGAAUAAUGAAUGAUAAAUUUAUCGUAAACAGUUCGGAAACUUUCGUAGAUGCGCGGGCUUUAACCUAACCAAAGAGCCUGUUCGCAGGAGAAGUGAACCGUCCAUGCACUGCAUGUACCUAAACUUCUUGUCGACAGCAUAUGGCAACUACAGUUCCAGUAGACGCCAAAAAUGGUCUGAGCGUUUAGGGCUAAGAUUAGGGUUUAGGUUGGUCAGCAUAUAUGGUAGCUUAUACUAUAGAUAGUAAACUGCUUGACUGGGUAUUUUAAUCGUAUAUGAAGUAGAAAUUAAUUAUAUGUAUGAUAAUAUUUUUUAAUUUCUAGCAAAAAGAAGAAGAAAGAAAGCGAGAAGAAGAAUCAAGAAAGAAUGAUCAUGAAGCUUGGAUAGAACGUGAAAAGAAAGCGAAAGAAGCAGAAUAUGAAAGACGUAGUUCAGUAAGUAUGGCAAGAAGAGAAGUAAAACGUCGAGAGGAAGAAGUCAAAGAACUUCAAAAGCAAGGUUUUAUCGAAGUCGCAAGUGGUCUGUAUCGACGUUUUUCACAGUCAAAAUCUAAGGUACAACGUGUUGAUUUGAAACAGUUAGAAAGUAUGAAGAAAGAGCGGCCAACUAUAUCAUCACCAGAAUUUAUCAGUGCUACUGGACCUGCAAUUCCAGUCCGUUCAAUCAAGCCACAGAAACCGGAACGUUCACCACCUUCGAUACCAAGGAGGUAUGUAAGAAUGUACUGUGCUAAUGACGUAUUUGUUGCAAUGGAAAGCACAAAUUGUAUAUAUGGCGUGAUACCUCUUAUCACUGAGUUAAGCACAUUUUGAUUGGACAAGGUUUAUUGCCACAUUAACAGCCCUAAGGGAACUGAUAUUGUUAAUUCUGUUAAAACAACGUCUACUGAGCAGACGCAGGAGCCUUUGACUUCUUUGAGUUUUAACUGGCGACUUUGCUCGUGUUUCAACUCGGUGUACUGUGUCUUUUUCCUUUUUAGAAACACUCGUCUUGGACCCGCCCCUCCACCCCCUGUAAAUAAUGAUAAUCCAGCUCAACAAAGAAGAACUGCUCGCCCAAAUAAUCAACAACAGAUUAUUGAAUGGUGGCAGGAAGUAGAGUUACCAAAAGGUUCUGGAUUUGAAAAUGAUCUCGCUUUACCUUGGUUCCACGGUAUGUACGCUUCGAUAUUGACAAAUCCAAUAAAUCCUACUGUGAACCAUUCAUUCAUAUAACUGCUAUAACAAUCUAUUUGACCAUAUAUUAUAUCUCAUUGGAUUCUUCUGAGCCCAAUACGGCAAAAUAUUAGAUCGACACUUCAAUAUUGGGCGAGACCGAAGGUCGAGCCUAAUAUUGAAGUCAGUGGAGACUUAAUCAAAAAAUUGUCCAUAAGGGAUAAAAUAAUACAGCGAGAAUAAAACAGCGACAGCAUUACUACAUAUAUUGGCGGCUAAUAUGUUUAAAUAACUAAACAAAAAGUUAAUAUUAAACUUAUUUUUACAAAUAUGUGUGCAUAAGUAAACUUAAUUCCAUGAAUGUUUAAAGGAAAUUUGACCUAACUUUAACGAAAAAAAUAAUUUUACUACCCUCUAGGCUUGUGCAAACAAAUCAAUUUCGCGAAAACAAGUUUUCUCGCGCUUUUAUAAUUUGAACCAAACUGGUAGAAAAAAACUGUAUUAAUAUCCCAAAUUCUUUUCAUUACUUUGCCAUAUCGUUUGUUGUAUGUUUAAAAUUGUCAAAAUAUCUGAAAAAAUCUGAUAAGCCAGGAAAAAUGCCACGAUAAGCUACUAUCCAAUAUGAACUGUCCUACUUUCGUAAAAUGUCGGGCAUGCACGUGACCCUGUAUUGAAGACCCGUGAUUGGUCAAUGGCAUGUGAGCGUAUAAAACAACAUAUUUAAAGAUUAGCAUUAUGGUUCAUCGAAAGUUCAACAAACUUAAGAGCUAUACUAACGACCCACCCGACUGGUAUUGCCCAUAUAUCUUCCGAAAUUGAUCAGUUUACUCUAAAAUAAGUGACUAAAAUUGACCAGUUUACUCUAAAAUAAGUGACUAAAAUUGACCAGUUUACUCUAAAAUAAGUGACUAUUAAUUGACAACUUGCAUGUUAGACUAAUUUUUUAUCUAGGUAAAAAAAAAGUAAAUUCCCGUAAAGAACAUAAUGAAAUUAGUAAAAUUGCAAAAUUUGGUUGCGAAAUGUUGUAAAACUUGGAAAAUAUAGUCUUGCAAAUUUGCAUUUUUGUAUGUGUCUGUAUUACGUGCGGAAAUUGUUAACAUUUUUGAGCCGAAAAUGGUAACACAAACAUAUACAAAAUUUGCAAGGCUCUACUUUCCAAGCUUUUCAACAUUUCGCAACCAAAUUUUGCAAUUUUACUAAUUUCAUUAUGUUCUUUUUAGCUGUGGUGUUUGAUUCCCUUCUCUUUACGUAGAUUAAAAUUUAGUCUAACAUGCAAGUUGUCCAUUAGAGUGCCCGAUUUGUUCACACCAAGUAUUAGAUUAAACAACUUCAUAUUUUACUUCCAGGUAUUAUAUCAAGGCAGGAAGCCGAGAAUUUAUUGGAAGAAAAACCUGUAGGCAGUUUCCUGGUCCGUGUAAGUGAAAGAGUUUGGGGGUAUACAAUAUCAUAUCGAGCUGUGGAUCGAUGCAAACACUUCCUUAUUGACACCAGUGACAAUUCCUACCAAUUCUUUGGUCACAAUCAAAUAGCACAUUUCUCGCUCAAUGACUUAGUAAAGUUUCAUCAGAGCAGACCCGUGUCAGGAAUUGGCAGAGAACUUUUGUUAAAACCUUGUGGACAGAAGGAUGGUAAUGAACCGGAUUAUAAAGAACUUGUCUCACAAACAACGACGAUCUAA